AUGGAGGUUGAGAGUGGCAUUGACAUGCUCUCACCAACUAAACUAGAUGACCUAAGUAACCCUGACUCCCUGGAAUCCUCUUCUGACUUGCCUGGGUCACCCCCAAUCCCUUGUUCCUCCCCUGAGCCUGAAGCGCUCUUUGAGGAAAGAAGACAGGGGUCAACUCACUCCCUCAGUAGGGACGGCCUAGAGAGCCAGACCCCCGCAGAAGAUUCUGCUCAGAGUCGCAGCCAAACAUCUGUUCACAGCCAUAUCGAAAGCCUAAGCCAAGAAACUGCACGCAGUCUUAGCCAGGCAUCUAUCUAUACUGGAUAUGAAGUUCAAGAAAUUGCCCAUAGCCUGAGCCAGGCCUCCAUCCAAAGCCAAAGCGAGGGCCAAGAAAUUGCCCACAGUGUCAGCCAGGCCUCCAUCCGAAGUCAGAGUGAAGCCCAGGAAAUUGCCCACAGUCUCAGCCAGGCAUCAAUCCGAGGACAAAGCGAAACCCCAGAAAUUGCCCACAGUCUCAGCCAGGCCUCCAUCCGAAGUCAGAGCGAAGCCCAGGAAAUUGCCCACAGUCUCAGCCAGGCCUCCAUCCGAAGUCAGAGCGAAGCCCAGGAAAUUGCCCACAGUCUCAGCCAGGCAUCAAUCCGAGGACAAAGCGAAGCCCCAGAAAUUGCCCAUAGUGUCAGCCAGGCCUCCAUCCGAAGUCAAAGCGAAGCCCAGGAAAUUUCCCACAGUCUCAGCCAGGCAUCAAUCCGAGGACAAAGCGAAGCCCCAGAAAUUGCCCACAGUCUCAGCCAGGCUUCCAUCCAAAGUCAGAGUGAAGCCCAGAAAAUUGCCCACAGUCUCAGCCAGGCUUCCAUCCGAAGUCAGAGUGAAGCCCAGAAAAUUGCCCACAGUCUCAGCCAGGCUUCCAUCCGAAGUCAGAGUGAAGCCCAGGAAAUUGCCCACAGUCUCAGCCAGGCUUCCAUCCAAAGUCAGAGUGAAGCCCAGGAAAUUGCCCACAGUCUCAGCCAGGCCUCCAUCCGAAGUCAGAGCGAAGCCCAGGAAAUUGCCCACAGUCUCAGCCAGGCAUCAAUCCGAGGACAAAGCGAAGCCCCAGAAAUUGCCCACAGUCUCAGCCAGGCUUCCAUCCGAAGUCAGAGUGAAGCCCAGGAAAUUGCCCACAGUCUCAGCCAGGCUUCCAUCCGAAGUCAGAGUGAAGCCCAGGAAAUUGCCCACAGUCUCAGCCAGGCCUCCAUCCAAAGUCAGAGUGAAGCCCAGGAUAUUGCCCACAGUCUCAGCCAGGCUUCCAUCCAAAGUCAGAGUGAAGCCCAGGAAAUUGCCCACAGUCUCAGCCAGGCCUCCAUCCGAAGUCAGAGUGAAGCCCAGGAUAUUGCCCACAGUCUCAGCCAGGCUUCCAUCCAAAGUCAGAGUGAAGCCCAGGAAAUUGCCCACAGUCUCAGCCAGGCCUCCAUCCGAAGUCAGAGUGCAGCCCAGGAAAUUGCCCACAGUCUCAGCCAGGCUUCCAUCCAAAGUCAGAGUGAAGCCCAGGAAAUUGCCCACAGUCUCAGCCAGGCCUCCAUCCGAAGUCAGAGUGAAGCCCAGGAAAUUGCCCACAGUCUCAGCCAGGCCUCCAUCCGAAGUCAGAGUGAAGCCCAGGAAAUUGCCCACAGUCUCAGCCAGGCAUCAAUCCGAGGACAAAGCGAAGCCCCAGAAACUGCCCACAGUCUCAGCCAGGCUUCUAUCCAAAGUCAGAGUGAAGCCCAGGAAAUUGCCCACAGUCUCAGCCAGGCUUCCAUCCGAGGACAAAGCGAAGCCCCAGAAAUUGCCCACAGUGUCAGCCAGGCCUCAAUCCAAAGCAAAAGUGAAGGAAAAGAAAUUGCCCACAGUCUCAGCCAGGCUUCCAUCCGAAGUCAGAGUGAAGCCCAGAAAAUUGCCCACAGUCUCAGCCAGGCUUCCAUGCGAAGUCAGAGUGAAGCCCAGGAAAUUGCCCACAGUCUCAGCCAGGCCUCCAUCCGAAGUCAGAGUGAAGCCCAGGAAAUUGCCCACAGUCUCAGCCAGGCAUCAAUCCGAGGACAAAGCGAAGCCCCAGAAAUUGCCCACAGUCUCAGCCAGGCCUCCAUCCAAAGCAAAAGUGAAGGAAAAGAAAUUGCCCACAGUCUCAGCCAGGCCUCCAUCCGAAGUCAGAGUGAAGCCCAAGAAAUUGCCCACAGUCUCAGCCAGGCUUCCAUGCGAAGUCAGAGCGAAGCCCAAGAAAUUACCCACAGUCUCAGCCAGGCCUCCAUCCGAAGUCAGAGUGAAGCCCAAGAAAUUGCCCACAGUCUCAGCCAGGCCUCCAUCCGAAGUCAGAGUGAAGCCCAAGAAAUUUCCCACAGUCUCAGCCAGGCAUCAAUCCGAGGACAAAACGAAGCCCCAGAAAUUGCACACAGUCUCAGCCAGGCUUCCAUCCAAAGUCAGAGUGAAGCCCAGGAAAUUGCCCACAGUCUCAGCCAGGCUUCCAUCCGAAGUCAGAGUGAAGCCCAGGAAAUUGCCCACAGUCUCAGCCAGGCCUCCAUCCGAAGUCAGAGUGAAGCCCAAGAAAUUGCCCACAGUCUUAGCCAGGCUUCCAUGCGAAGUCAGAGUGAAGCCCAGGAAAUUGCCCACAGUCUCAGCCAUGCCUCCAUCCAAAGUCAGAGUGAAGCCCAAGAAAUUGCCCACAGUCUCAGCCAGGCCUCCAUCCGAAGUCAGAGUGAAGCCCAAGAAAUUGCCCACAGUCUCAUCCAGGCAUCAAUCCAAGGACAAAGCGAAGCCCCAGAAAUUGCCCACAGUCUUAGCCAGGCCUCCAUCCGAAGUCAGAGUGAAGCCUCAGAAAUUGCCCACAGUUUUAGCCAAGCCUCCAUCCGAAGUCAGAGUGAAGCCCAAGAAAUUACCCACAGCCUCAGCCAGGCCUCCAUCCGAAGUCAGAGUGAAGCCCAAGAAAUUGCCCACAGCCUCAGCCAGGCUUCCAUCCAUAGCCAAAGUGGAUCCCCAGAAAUUACUCACAGUCUCAGCCAGGCAUCAAUCCACAGCCAAAGCAAAGCAUCAGAAAUUGCCCACAGCCUCAGCCAGGCCUCCAUCCGAAGUCAGAGUGAAGCCCAAGAAAUUGCCCACUGUCUUAGCCAGGCUUCUGUCUCUAGCGAAAGCAAGACUCCAGAAGUUGCACACAGUUUCAGCCAGGCCUCCAUCCAUACCCAAAGUGUAGUGGAAGAUAUUGCCCACAAUCUCAGCCAGGCCUCCAUCCAAAGCCAAAGUGAGGCCCAAGAAAUUGCCCACAGUCUCAGCCAGGCUUCCAUUCAAAGCCAAAGUGAAACCCAAGAAAUUGCCCACAGCCUCAGCCAGGCCUCUAUCCAUAGCCAAAGUGAAACCCCAGAAGUUGCCCACAGCCUCAGCCAGGCCUCUAUCCAUACCCAAAGUGAAGUCCCAGAAAUUGCCCACAGUUUCAGCCAGGCUUCCAUCCAUACUCAUAGUGAAGGCCAAGGAGUUGUUCAUAGUGUCAGCCAGGUUUCCUCCCCUAGCCAAAGUGAAACUUCAGAAAUUGCCCACAGUCUCAGCCAGGCCUCCGUUCAUAUCAAAAGCAAUGGUAAAGAAAUUAUCCAAAGUAUCAGCCAGGCCUCCACCCAUGACGAAGACAAAGCCCAAAAAAAUUCUCCUAAUCUCUUACACAGUCAUGAGAGUGAUAUGUUGCAAAGCCAGGAUUCCCUGCAUGAUCCAGAGUCUCUUCGUAGCAUCAGCCAUUCAUCUGUUCAGAGUGACCAGUCUCCUCUGAGACAUAGUCAGGGAUCUAGCCAUAGCUCUCAUCGGAGUGAGGAAGCUUAUUACAGCGUAAGUGAGGAGACCCACAGCCAAAUGUCUCUGCAGAGUCAAACAACGUUGCAGACCUUGAGUCAGAUUUCCCUGCAAAGUCAAAGUCAUAUAUCUCUGCAAGCUAGAAAGCUUGAUGAGGAUGCGGUCUCACAGAAGACCAAGGAUGAGACAGUGACUGAAAGCCCAUUACCUUACUAUGAUCUACGCUACCUCAAUGACUCCUCAAGUGAUGUUUAUCCUUCCCCAGGAACAUCAAACUGUUCCUUAGCUCCCAGCUCUCCUCGCUCCUUGGAUGACAGUUCACCUCUGUCAUCUAUGUCAUCUAACCAGCUUGCACCUCCCAGUACGGCUCAGGCUACAACUCCCAGUACUCCACAGUCCUUAGCACCGAGCACUUCUCAGCCUGUUACUCCAAGCACCCCAAGAUCAAUGGCUCCUGUUACACCACAUCCCUUGAUGGCCAUUAGUCCGAGGUCAUUGAUUCCCAGCUCUCCCCAGUCCGUGGCUCCUGGGACACCUAAGCUUGCACCUCGAAGCAUAACUCAUUCUUUGGCUCCAGGUCUUCCCGGUCCUUUGGCGCUUGACUCUGAAAUAUCCAUAUCAUCUGACUCUGUAGGUCGUGGUUCUGCUCGGCCCAUGGUUCCCAGUACACUGAGGAUAAUGAGUCCAAUUUCUUUAACAAUCAGCACACCUAGAUCUGCAGCUCCCACAGACUUAAUAACUCCCAGCUCGCCACGCUCCUUCGUUCCAAGCUUGCCAAGCUUGCCCCUCACCCCCAGCUCGCUUCGAUCCAUUGCUCCCGCGGCAUCUGCGACCAAAAGCUCUCCUGACACCCUCAGUUCCUCUCAUACACCAGUACCUACCAAGCCAGAAACAGACACAAGCUCAUCAGUAACUGCAUCUUCGGCCUUUGUGCAAGCUCCUUGCCCUGUGCCAAGGGCAUCACUGAGUCGCACUCCCUCGUCCAAGUCCUCGACCUCUUUCCCAACACCUGCUUCCCUCUCACCCUCCACGCCCUCCUCUCAUGCACCGCGCUACACAACUCCUCCCGAAUCCCCAGGUGCCACUAGGUCAUCCUCUGCGCUUGUCUCUCCGGCAGGAUCUGUCCCUUCCCUGACCCCCGAUUCCCCUCAGAUCCCUCAGUCCCUACACCCACUAGGUUCCCUAAGAGUCAUUGGAUCCCCCCAGGUCUUGGCCCCCCAAGCAACCCCCUUAUUUCCCCCCCGGGCCGGCGCCCCUGCCACUUCCCCCAGAGUUACUAACAUGGACCGACUGUCACCUAACACUGACGAGGACGCUGAUGCUGCUGCUCGUGAUGAUGGUGGUGAUUUUAGUGGUGAUGCUGACAUGUGUGAUGAUAACGGCGCCUGGAAGACCUAUAGUGGUGAUAUUGGUGGUCUUGAUGACGGCCUGCACCCCAUUAGUGACUCUGACGUAAGUGUCCUUAACCCUCAGUAUGGACGACAUCACACAGUCUAGGGAACACCACACGGAUUACACCACAGUAUAAUACAAGGACACCAUAGGAACACCACAAGGUUGCCACGGGGUUAUGCUCUUUAGAAAGGAAACAGGUAUGUCAGGUAUUCCUUCUAGAACACUCGGGUUUUGUUGAAGAGCACAAGUAGCUUAGCGACGCAGAAUUUCGAAGCAGAAAAUCGGCCAUUUCUUGUCCGGAAAUGCAGAGAUCAUAAAAGAGUAGCAUUUUCCUCAACUUCUUUAACCAGUAUUUUAUGGUAAAUCCAAAACCGUUAACUGCCUGAUGUUUGGCCGCUAAUUUCUGACGUUCGUCCGUCAAAGCGCCGUUGCAAGUGCGGGGAAGCCAGUUCUAGUGCGGUUAUCAUAUGCAGGAAUAAAGUGAAAACCAUUCCGUUAUAUUAUGUAACUGUAUUUAUUUACACGCACGCAU